AAAUUGCAGUAACGUGGUAGUGAUUUAGUCACAUCCACUUUUUAUCACACAGGAAGGCUAAACGCUUAUCAGAGAGCAAUAGAAAGCAGGGCUGCAUAGCAUAUCUUUUCAGCAUCAACAUUGCGAUGUUCCCAUGGGCAGCAGUAAUCGCACUAUGUCCCCUCAGUGAGGCCAAUUUACUUAAGCAUUUCAUGCUAUAACUGCUGUGACAUUAAAAGACUCACAUGGUUCUCAUUUUCCAUGACUAACCUAAAAAAGAAGUUGGCCUGAUAUAAAAUUAUUUACUUAGAUUUAAGGAUUCUUGGAUAUAUCAAAUUACUGUUCUUUAUUUUUAGAACAAUGGGUCUGCAAUCUCACCGCAGAGGAGCAGGAGAGAUGCUUAGAAAAGGGAAGAUUUGGUUUCAAAAAGAAAAGCAAUAAAUUGGCGGGGUGAGUCAGUUUACUCAACCGGCGGCUGCUGAACCAUGCUGUUCUAUUAGACUCUGUUGUUUUAUUAUUAUUCUUUAGGUGCACGCUGAGACAUCUGAACCAUAUCACUUUUUCAGUUUUUGUCCAGUAUACUGUGGCGUUAAUAGAAAGUGAGAUAUCCCUAACCUGUUCGCUCAUGGCCUUUACUGUAAUUAACAGGUAGGGGAAAAGGGUCACCUGGAAUUGAGCAAUGACCUUCUUCCUCAUCACCAGUCAUGUUUUUCUAUGAACAUUAUUUCAUAUGCAAGUCGCCGUUUUUGGAGGUAGCACACUGACUGAAGUCUUAUUGGAGUGACCUUUAGUUACGGCAUCAGAUGCCGUUUUGUGAACUACACAUACACCUUCUACUUUUUAAACUGUCGUCCUCAUUUCACUUCAUACUACCAUUUGGCCAAGUGGAUUUAACAUUAUACAGAGAAGACAGACAUUGGAAAUGGACUACAGUCAAGAGUCACCUGUACUAUUUCCUUCAUCAUAUCUGCAUUGGGGGGGAAAGUGUUUUCAUUGUACUGCCCUGAUGGUUUCCCCUCUUUGACCCUUCACUUGAGUCUAACGUCUAUCCCACGUACCUUUAUUUCUUCUCCCUCUCACCUUUGUGUUUCUCUGUCACUCUCUUUGGCCCGUUACAUUUGGAAGAUAUAGUCAAUUCACACUCAUUUUCAAGCCCUGAAGUGACUCCAUGGCCUGGCUACACAAUUAGGAGCUCAUUACUUGCUAAUACAUAGACUAGAAGACAGACAAAGGCAGUCUGCUUUUUUGUUGUGCUCCUUGCUUCCAUCAUUUUAUAUCUCUUUCUCCCCAGACACUUUUUCUUCUCACUUCUCUCAUCUCACCCUCUGCUACAAUACAUCUUCUCCAUGGUGUAUAAUGAGCUUGUGUGUGCUAAGAAGAAUUAAUAGUUCAAUUUCCAUCGCUUAAGCAUUGUUUUUGUGAAAUUGGAUAUACUCUCAGCCCUUACACCUAAGACAUUUGAAUCUCCAAUUCUUAUUUUCUGGUUCAUUUGGCAUCCAGAAAGCUUAAAGUCUGCUUACAGGAAAAUCUGACAUUUGUUUCUUAAUGGAUGAUACACAUACACACAAAAAUGAUUGCAGAAAACAAAUGGGAAAGUGUUUAAAUCUUCUAGAAUUCUAAUGUUAGAUCCAUCUUUUUUUUUUUUUUUUUUUUUAAAUCAUAAAUUUUGGUAGGUUAGAAUGACAUUAUAAUAAUGUGAGCAAACAUUCUUAGCUUUAGCCAUCCUCUGAUACUCAAAUAUGAAUACCAGAGUACAAUGUCAUCAGCGCCAAUGACUGAUGACAUUCAUCAGACAAAUGUUUCAUGUCUGCAUCCUUAGGCUUCGACAGACACAGGCCUAGAGACUGGUUCAUGGCCGUCUGGCAGCCACUGGCUCCUAGAGGGGAAAAUGCGUAUUCCCUCAUGGGUUGGCUGCUGGUCGCAUGAGGCUGACAGCAGUCGCUGUGAUUGCUAAAGUCCCAGCCAUACAAGCCUAGACAUUGGUCAAUGUCACAAUCAGCCGCAGUCUGCGAGUCACAAAGGUGCUGUAUGAAAAGCCUUUUUUCAGUUGCUUUUGGUUUCUAAAUACCAACCAAAAGUUUGUGAUGCACAACUUUUAUUUUAAAGGCGAACAUGCUCUUUGCACUUUUACAAUUGUUAAUCAUUCUCGGCAACUUUAAGAAUGAUUAGGAGAGCUGGAUUUACUUUAAGAUCCACAUUACCUGCAUUUUUAAUAGCUUUUAUUGGCGUGAGCUGGGUUUCACAAAUAGUGCUGUUACUGCUUAGCCAAACAUCUCAUUCCCGAGACUUUAUCCUGUCUGCCCAGUGACGUUUAGUAUGCUACCAUCUUGUUUGGUAUCAGCAAUAUAUGCCUACUAAUUAGUGUAGGCUGCUUUUCCAUGUAUAGUUGGUAACUUUGUCCGAAGCAGCUGUUUCUUAUAUUUAUCAAUAUAGCUGUGACAACAAAUGACUAUUUGGAGAUUGUGAUUUUAUGGUAAAGCUAUAAUUAUGAAACUCUGGCUUGUAGGUUUAAAUAGAGUUCUAAACUGACCCCACCAAAGACACAGCUGCAAAGGGAGCUGAAAACUCCUUAUCUAUAGUGGAUGUUGUGAUUUUCCCGUUAACCCAUGCAUUUGUGCUAAUAUGAGUCAGUAGAUGUACCUGCAGAGAAAACUGUUCCUUUUUUCCCUCAAGUUUUGCAAACAAAUUAUUUAUACAUAUUAAUAAUUCGAAUUUGACUGGAAUUUGAAUGUCUUAUAAAUUUUGUUUCUGUAACUGUGAGCAAUGUGGGCUUUUGUUUGAAGUUUCCAUCUUUUCAUGUUCAGAGCUCAGGGUCUACAACUAAAAGCAAGCCGAGGAACAGAGAGAGCCUCACAGGUGUAACGUAAGGUCAGCUUUGUCAGAUUUCCCUCUGUGGCACUGUCUGCAUCAUUUCUCACUAUCUGGCUGGCUCUGCUGAAAUGCCAAUUUGCUCAGCGAGGGGUCUCGCAGCAUAGCGCUGGAUAAAGGAUAUGUCCUGUUUACCAGUGUGUUCUGCGACAGUUGACUGCAUGAUGAAAGAGACGCAGGGGAGUGUUGACAUUUAGUUUUGUGCCACUGAUGGCCAGUGUAGGGAAGCAGAAUUAAUGGAAUAGAUUUUGUGAGUUUGUUUGAUGAAGAAAUGCAAGCCUAUAGGAAGACAUUUGUCUAGCUGCCACUGUGUGUAGUUGUGCAUGCUUUACUUGGAAAUACGUGAUACUUUUUUGUAUUUUUUUUUUCCUGUGUGUCAGACAAUACUGCUUUUUUUUUUUUGUCUGCAUUUGAGCGACAAGCAGCUCUUCCUCGAUUCCAACAUCUAAAUCUAGUUUUUUUUUUUGUUUUUUUUUUCCCAUUCUGCCCCCCAUUCUUCCCUCCCUCCAUCCUCUCUCUCCUAAAUGCUGUGAAGGUAAUCCCAAGGUGAUGUUAAUAGGCUGGGAUACUGUUGAAAUUGCCACUGUCAUCUCUUAGAGGAUUAGAUGGACAAUUGCUUCUAUGAAGGCCAAGCCAAGCAGUUCAAAGAAAACUGCAACAAAACAACUUUUCUAAAAGUGCCUUAUACUGCCAGCAUGCAAGUAACCUCUAACAUUACAGCUUUUGGGUUUUAUGUGCUCAGUAUUGAGCUUGCAUAGGUAUGCACUGAUGUUCUGAUCUCCUUUUUAAUGUAACUACAGAUGGACUCAUAAAUAGCGAAAAUAUAUCAAAGCUUUGGGAUUAUAGGCUCAUUGAGAUCUUUGAUCCUAGAUUGAUGGGGGACCAUUGUGUGAUUAAUGGAGUUUUAUUUAGCCAAGCCAGGGUAAUUUUGCCUGUCACCAUUGCAGUGAUUCAAGUGCAAUAUGAAAAGGCCUGUUUGACAUUGGAUUUAUUGCUUUAAUAGUAUAAAAUUAUCAUGCAGAACUAAUGAAACACUUGUAAACAUCUUGUCAUAGAAGCUGUAUGUGGAUGCAAGUUUGAAAGCCGUUUGAUCAGCGGUUCCCUUUACUGUUUCCUAUGUAGAGACUUUGCCUAAAUUUUUUUAGUCUAAAAAUCUUAAUAGGACUUCUUAAUAGCACCUGUGUUGAAAUCAUUCUAGAGAUAUAUUAAUAGAUGACUGAAGGGGAAUUGACAGCAAUUUCCAAAUUAAACUGGGUUUGUUUUUUCAUUUUUAUGGAUCAAUGUCAAUCACUUUUUAAUGUACCUAUUAUUGUGGGGUAAAGUGUUCAAAAAAAAAAGACAAAAUAAGUUGCACAAAAAUGCCAGAUGUAGUAAAAAUUAUACAAAUUAUAACUCGGAUAUUCAAAAUGAUAUUUUAUUUUUUUUAAUUUGUUAGAGUUAAAUAAGCACUUGCAGUUUCCAAACAAAUAGUUUGCUAGCAAUUAUUUUAUGGUUCAGACUUUACAGGCUUAAAAAGCAUGAAAAACAAAUAAGCACUUUUGGCCCAUAUUGACAUAAUUGCAUCACAUAUUUGCUGUAAAUGUGUUGAAUGAUGCAUGUUGCAAAUCCUCCAUCCCAAAGGUGUUCUGCUGAAUUGAGAUCUGAUGACUGUGGGCCCCAUUUAAGCACAGUGAACUCAUUGUCAUGUUCAAAAAGCAGUCUGAGAUGAUCUGAGCUUGGUGACAUGGCACAUUAUCCUGCUGGAAGUAGUCAUCAGAAGAUGGGCACACUGUCAGCAACAAGACUUAGAUAGCCUGUGGCAUUUAUACGAUGCUCAACUGGGACUAAGUGUGCCAAGAAAAUAUUCCUCACACCAUUACAGUGCCACCAACUCAAAUCUGAAUUGUUGAUACCAAAGCAGGCUAUAUCUACGCUUCUGAAUGUUCUGACUAUCUGAAUGACCCGACAACUUUUUGUCCAAUUUUAAUGAACCCGUGUGAAUUGUAAUCACACUUCAAGGUUUUGACAUGUUGUGUGUUCAGACGUGCUCUUCUGCAUAUCUUGUACCUUGGUUGUAAUGUCUGGUUGUUUGAGAUAAUCUGCUAUCUACCCAUUGUCCUCACACUUCUGGCAUCAACAAGGCAUUUUCACUCAGAGAGCUGAAUAUUUUUUUGUUUUUCAGAUUCUCUGUAAAGUCUAGAGAUUCCUGAGUGAGAAAAUCCCCCGUAGAUCAGCAGGUUCUGAAAUACUCAGACUAGCAAUCUGGCACCAACAGUCACGCUACGGUCUGAUUUAAAUGACCAUUCUUCCCCAUUUUGAUGCUCAGUUUGAACUUCAGCCUACAGGUGAACCUAAAAAAGAGGGGAAAAAACAUUAAAUCAGAAGACGUGUCCAAACAUUUAACUGGUAGUGUAGAUGUCGUCAAAAGUCACACAAUGAGUUCUACUGUAAGCAUAAAAUAUGUACAUGCAUGUAAACUAAUCACAGUUUCUGUCUGGCCUUAGUUUGCCUCUUUAAGCUGCUAAUUUUCCACGUCUAUUCUCUCCUUGUGUGUCUGCCUCACUCCACUCACUCUGGUGCUAUUUCAGCCCACAGAUGCACUAUCAAUAAUUCAGUCCCUUUAACAAGGCUCAGGCUUUUAAGAGGGUUUGUCAAAGCCCCUCCUUUCUAGAUGCCUGCUAGUCACUGGGUGGUCAUGUCCUGGUGGAAAAGUCCUUGAUUUUAUACUGAAACCAGAAAUAAAAUUGUUGCUAACAGACAUUGUAUAUCUUUAUUUAUAUUGUUAUUGAGUUUGUUUCCUCUCAAGCUUGAAAAAGCUAGAGCACACUUACUACUGGCGGGCCAAGAAGUCAGCGUCUUGCCAGGGAUGUAAAGCCUAAACUGUAGACAGAGUAAAAUGGCAGCCAAAGCAAGAAGACAGGCAGGGUCACAAAAAGUUCAUAUUUCACUUUAAUACUUGUUUACAUUUUUAUGCACCAAACAGAAGGCUGGCGAGGCAUUGCAAAUCCCAAACAGCCCCAACAUCUUUUGGGGCAAAACCCAUGUGGGUAAAGACUGCUUAAUUCUGUGUGGAGCAUGUGUGUUUGGAUUAGUUUCAAGGAGGUCUGCAGGAAACGGAGGCUGUUGGUUUUCUGAGUAAUGCGUACUGAAAUUACAGCUAUCCCUCAAUGUCUGUGAUAAUGUCAUAAGCUACAGAAAACGUACAUUUAUGCGGGCAUAUUGAAUGACACAAGCCCAUAGAUUCAUUGAAGAAAAGCAAAAAUAAUAUGUGCACUUUGAGAGAAUGAUUGAUUUGUAGCAUUGCCAUAUUACUCUUGUAUAUAGAAAAGCAUUACUUUAGAAAUGCAAUUUGGCUUUUCAGUUUUCCUGCUGGUCUGACGGGCUAUAAAUCUGCAGCACUUAUUUACCAGAUUGGUUGUAAUUAGUUUAUACAACAAGUCACAUAUUCUGUUUUUAUUGCCUCUUUUGAAUUUUGAAUCAAUGAUUAUUUAAAUUAUUGUCUUGUAUCAAUAACGAGGAGUUGGUUUGCUCAUCUAAAGGUUGGUAUUAAGCAAUACUCCUUUGUUUUGUGAGUUUCCUUGAAUUCUGGCAUCCUUAUUUCAUUACAAAGCAAAUGUUAAGUCCUCCAAACAACUGGUGACUAAUCUUCCCUCAUCCUAGAAUAAGAGGACAAGCUUGUGGUCUAUUGUUUGCUUCUCUUCAGAUGCACACAGGGGGAUUUGCUGAUUGCCCACCCACAGAGAGCUGACCGGUGCUGUGGAAAAUCCAGCCGAGAAUUAAUCACUCUCCCCUUGUGAGGGUUGUUGCUCAGGAGUUUCUUGAUUGGGUUUGACGGUGCAAAUUUUUUGAGAUGUCCUUUAACACCCAAAUUCAAGUUUGGUUACCUUGUGUUAAGCCUUUUUUGUUUGUUUGAUGGUUUGUUUGUUUUUAAUCUUAUUUUUAGACUAAAGAUGAAAAAAGGAGCCCCGAGGCAUCAUAUAUGCAAAAUACUCUGCAGUGAAGAGGCUUUAUGUGCGAUAUGUUUUUCUCCCCGACAAAAACAUGCUCGAUAAUUUAACGGAAAGAAUUAGAAGUACGUCUACUACUACUUGUUUCUCAUCAAAAAUUCCAAGCUCCAUGAAUAUGCAAAUGUAGAGAUGCCUCUAGGUGCGGCGGUGAGCCGUGUCACACCCACCAGUGAAACGUUGCUGGUCUCAUUACACUUCGAUCAGAACACAACCACUACAGCCACUCAAACCACACAAUUUAUGUCAGAGUAAGAAUAAGUUUAGCAGCUUUUUCUAAGCGUGUGUUUUUGUUUUAUGAUUGUUUAGCAUUGCUUUCAGCAGGAUGCGUGGGAUAAGAAAGUCCUGUUUUUAUUAAAGUCUCUUUCCUCAGGAUGUUGAAAUGUGUGUAGUUAAAUUUUCACGUCUUUAGUUAUGCGGAUAAAUGGGUGUGCGUGCGGCUCAGAAAUGACAGUGCUGCUUGGUGAAUAUUUUAAAUGUCAUGUGAAAUGUGGAAAUCAGACACAAGUGACGGGGGAGGAUUCUUAAACAUUGUUUUUCUCUCUUCAGCAGCAACCUGCUGCUUUUGUUUAACUUUCUUGCUCAGUAUUCCUCCUUCGUUCUAUGUAUAUAUCUCUCUGGCUGUGUGUCUAUGCACGGCAUCCUCGAUAGAGAUAAAAUGAGUAGAUCACAUGAAUUUAAAUGACAUUCCCAUUACUCUAUGUUCUCUGUGCUGUGCGUCAAACACAGAAGAGGAACCUACAGAACGGGUAAAUAACACUGUGUCAUCAGUUCCUCCUAGAAAGUCUUUGGCACUACACACAAAGGCCAGUUAUCUAUUCAUCACCUGUACUGUUGCACUUUAUAGUUUGGACAAAGUGAUAUGGAAAAACUUUGAGAAGAAGCCAAAACAAUGCAUUGGAAGUUUUAAUUAAGACCAUAUGUGUGCAAGAAAAUAAUGUGAAUGUGGAAGAAAUCAAUUCCAAACUGCACCACAAAGUAAUAAAUGCUGACAUAUUUGUUAAUUAGCAUUGUUACCCUCCUGUUGCAUCAGCACACCAAUAUUGUAUUCUUGAAGCAUUUCAAAAUACUUAUGCUUAAGUAUUUCUUGUUGUACAUAGACUUAGAAGUCGGUAUCUGAUAAAAGUUUAACAGAUUUUUACAAAGUUUCGGAUUAAAGCUGAUGAAAGUACAUGUAAUAUUGAGAAUCAAUAUCGCAGUGUAUGCAAUAAGAUGAAACAAACACUUGAGGACUGCCCUAAUAUUAUUCUUAUUUAAAGCGCUGUCUUUCAAUCACAAGGAUAUAGAUAUCCACUGGUAUAUUAAGUUACACCUUAUGAAUAGGAAUGUUAAGCAGUUCAGACCAACUUCUCCAAUACACAAAGUGAUGAUGAUCAGAUGAGAAGUCAUUAUGUCUCUCUUACCCUUGAAUUUUAGAUUUGAUUAGAAAUGAUAACUGAGAAUGCCUCAAAGCUCUGUUUCAUUCUCAUUUUGUCACUUUUAAUAUAAUUAGGAUCUGUGUUACACAGGCUACCUCCACAUGCACGGGUCUUUUUUAAAAUUAUAACCCUUUACUUAUAGAAAGAAUAGACAACCAAACCUUUAAACGAUAACGUAGUGCACAUUAGUGUUCAAUGUAGCAUUGUUACAUUAUUGUUACAUUAGGAAUCUUUUCAAUUCAUUUUUUUCUUAAUUUUAAGAGUUUUCAUAGAAUUUUCAAUAAUUACUAAACCAGUUUGAGCAGCUUAUAGUCUGUAUUUACUGUAGUUUUGCAUGCAGUGACUGUUUUGUUCAAAAUUUCACUUUGCUUAACAGAGUAAAUCCACAAUUUCCUUAAAACUUAUCUGGCUAUAGCAUUAGUCAUGUCUCUAACCUUUGGACUUUGUAGUAAAGCUGCAGGUACCAGAGUUUCUGCUUCCCCAGCUGUGUCAAUAAAAAUGACUGAAAGUCUAUGUUUUCCUAUAAAAGUUCUCUGUGUAAUGUACAGGGCAAAACAUGUUGGUCAAGCAGUAAUAGGGUUUUGUCAUACUUUAAGUGUUGCUGGAGUUUUAACCUCUUUAGACAUUUGGCUUGCUGUCAUAGCGUCAUCUUGUACUCUGCAUCUGUUUUUCCUUGACUUGCCAAUCCUUGAAGUAAAAGAAAGCAGAGAGGAUUGAAUACCCAACAAAGCGAUUCUAGCAUCAGCCAUCUGGUUUUGUUUACCAGCAGACAAAGAAGCAGCAACAUUAACACCUGCAUUAGUAGCGGCAACAAUUCUAGCAGUGUGCUGCAGAUUGGACUUUUCGUGUAAUCUGAGUGUUUCAAAUGCUUUAGCCCAGCUUGAAAAUCCAUCUUUAACAAAAGCUUUUAGAGACUCUUGAUUGUUACUUGUAGCAGAGACCUCACAAAACCUCAGUAGAGCUGUAGGCUAUGCAAAGAAAUUCCAUUUUGUAACCAGCCUGAUAAUCCUUCCUUUUCUGCAUUCAUCCUCACUUCUGUUGUCUGUGUCUUUAGUGUUAACUGACUGGACACUGCUGGAGGCACCGGUGGAACUGGUAGAUAUAGAAGCAUCACUUUACUUUGGGUUUUUAAAUUGGUCUGUUUUGUUAGCAUUAAGUCCCCCUCUUAAAGGCUAAUGUACAUGCAGUGAGUGUCGCGGCAGAAGCAUAGGCUCACCAAUCUGCCUGGAGUGCCAGUCUGAUUGCAGGACAGGACAGACAGCGAAAUAACCAGUCACGCGUAGUUCCUUAAAUUGAUCCAAUCUACCACCACCCCAUGACGAAUAAAUUUAACCUUGAGCUGUGCUGGCAAACUUGUGCGCUCAGCAUUCUCCGAAGGUACUCGAGCACCUGAGCACUGUUGGAAUCGACUGCUCUUACAUAAGACAACGUUGUAAAGAGGGUAAUGGCCAGUAUAGUUUCUAGUCUGGCUGCCCUGAGUUUAACUUCAUGUAUAAAACAGAAAACUCAACAUAAGCUUGGCUAAUGACCACUGGUGAGCAGGAUGGCAGGGAUAAAAGCUAGCAUUUCUUUUUAGCUAAGCAUUGCUCUCCUGGCAAACUUGAGCUUCCUCGUGCAUCUUUUGCAGAAUCUUCCUACCAGGUGACACGUUGGACGCCUGGCCACACAGCUGCAGAAUUUCUAUGCUGAAAAACUGAUUUAGGAACUUAGUGAGUCAGUAUUAUAAAAAAAAUAUGUUGUAAAUCAUGAUGAAAAUGCAAGUCUGCCAAGCAAAACAGCAACCCCUUUCCCCUGCACCAUUUUUAUGCGCACUUAAGGACAAAGUUAUAUUUAGUUCUUUGAUCCGGUGAUGCCCGUUUAAGAUGUGUGUACAGACGAAUGUAUGUGUGCAUUAGUGAUGUGUAUAUCACAAGAAUCUGGAGCUAGAAAUAAUUGUCCUGACCUCUUACAUUCCUUUUUUGUUUCUCUGAAGCUGUUAGACUAGUUUUCCCCUGUGAGAAAGUUGUUUUUCUUGAGUGUGCUACACAUUAAAAGCUAUAACAAAAGAGAUGCGCUGCCUAUUAAGUAAACAAGCUACACCAUAGAAUCAGCAUAAACAGGAUAAACUGCUAAUGAUGAGUGUAAUAUGAUAGUAUGUUCAAAUGCAUUUGGUUUAUUGAAAAGCUAGUACAUGCUUACAGCUUCUUUAAAACUUUUUUGUCCUAAAUAUUAUAUGUGGUUUAUGGUAUUUAUUUUCAUGAAUUUCUUUACUUUAGCAGCUGUGUCAGGAACAGAGUUAUUACAUUGGCUCAAUGAUUUUACUGCAAUUACUUUGGAACUCAAAGUUAAGUGUCUGAGCACCUGUCACUUUGAGUGUGCAGUGUGUUUAAUGAGGAAUUAAUUGUCAGAUAACCCCAAUAUUUCUGUGCACAAUAAGUUCUAUUAAAUGAUGUAUCAAAAGGCUUAGUGAAGUGGGUGUACAUAUCAUCUAUAGACAGAAAAAGGUAUUAAAAGCACAAGAAAAAUACAUUUCAUUAAAUUCAAGGGUAACUAAUCUAUAGAUUGAAAGGCUCUUGGUUAUUUUAAGUACAUCAGCACUAGGCAGGUUUUAUUUGCCUUGUAGGGGUUCUGCUUGGUAACUAUUGAUUUUAGCACUUUUUUAAAAGUCUGAUUGCAUUUGAAGUCUGCUUUUGUGUUCUUCAGGUAAUCACCCUUAGUUACUGAGUAACUGAGUGCGCACAGCGUGGAUGACUUAAUGUGAACAUUUUGUGACUUUUUCUCACCAUGUGUUCUUUUCACAUUAAAAUGACAUUAACUUUAAAUCAGACGCGGUCCUCGCUCAGUUUGCCAUUCGGUGAUAUUAUCAAUAGCUCAUUUAGCCCUUGUUGCCAACUGACACUGCAAAUAAAGUAACUACACAGCAGGUUAUGAAGUCAGUGACUCGUCCCGGGAACAAAUGGAUUCACACAGUAGAUUCAUCCUUAGAGGCAAAACCAAAAAAGGCAAAGCAGCAGCUUAAAGAUACUGUGGCUACAUUGUAGCUGGUUUCAUAUUAUUCCGGCUUGCUGUCUAUUUUCAUGCAUGGUUGCUCUUUUCUCCAUCUCUCACCAUUAUUGCUUUGCUUGCUCUGCUGCUCUGUGCUUAUGCUACCCUUCCUGUGUGUGUGUGUCUCUGUCUGUCCAUAGGGUGCCUUUAAUUGAUGCAGACCAGGUUCUUUACACUUGCACUUAUUUAUACUGGAUGCUUCAGUGAGCCAAAGUAACAGGAUGGAGAAUCUCUUCUUUUCUCUGGGAAGAUCUGUCUCCCUUUGCCACAUACAGACACACACACAAUGAAAGAGACAGCCAAAUCACCCCCUGCUGCGUCUGAGAGCCCCCUACUUGUAGUUAGCCCAUUUAGAGCGGUGUGUAAUUGAAAAAUAAGUUUCUUUUCUUGAACCUGAAAGGCUAGUUUUCAUUCCGAGCUGGGCUAUAUUGAUUCACUCCUCCCUUAUCCUCCAGCAGAAGCAGCCCUUGCUGCCCAUGUUUGUAUUGACAUUAUCUGUCUGUAAUGUAACUUGGCAUGCUCCUUUACAGCUUCAGACACAAUUUCACAUAAUUCGCUGGAGAUAGUUUUAGCAGCAUGGUGUGGUAGUGUGGACAAAAAGAUUAUGUUCAGGGGUGGUUGAUGCGGAUUUAUUUCUGAGGACAUUUUUUUGUCUGGAAAGCUCAAAAACUCCCCUCCAUAACCAUUUUAUUGUGAUGUUUCUCCCAUAGUAUUAUUUCUUACUGCUACUCAAGCUUACAAAGUCGGGCCAAUCAAUUCUCGGGUGCUGUUUCAAUCUGAGGCUCAACCUUUUAUUCAGGGCUGAUCAAUGCAGGGCAGAUAUCUAAGGCUGCUUGGGAAGAUGGGGGUUAGAGAAGUAACAGCCAAGCCAAUAGUCACCUCAGCUAUAGAUUUAUAUCACUGACCUUUUAUGUGCAGAGCACAGAGAACAGAAUUUGCUUAGGGUGGAUAUUACUGGGAACCCAAGGACAGAAAAUGAUGUUACUGGUUACCUCCCUGCUGCUUUUUUUUUUAUUACCCCUGUACUCUUUCCUUUCAUAAUUGCUCCAUAUGACUCACAUCCAGUCAUAUAUUGAUCUCCCCCUUUCAUUUCUUUCCUUUCAUCUUUUUUGAAACAGAAUUUUUAAAAAAACUUAUGUGCUACAUGCUCCUAUAUAGUGUUGGUUUAAUCCUUAUUGCAUCUUGUUGUGUGUUACUCUGCUUUACACAGUACUUUCCUGUCUACCCUUGUGGAGUAUUGCAGUAACAUAUUUCUGUUGUACAACCCAGAGUCUAUACACACACCCAGAAGAGUCUUAUAGGUGAAGGGAGGUCAUCUGUAUGCUUUAAGGUUUAAUACGUUUUCAAUAGCUACUGUCAAGAGUAAUAUAUAUUUUUUAUUACCAAAUUAGCUGUUCAUUGUCGAGGCAGCAUACUGACAUUUGGUUGGAAAAUAUUCAUAAGGCCUGGAAGACAGAGGCAGAUGUGGGUGGUUGGACCUGUCUUUGCAUAUUCAGAGAACUGCUAAGGCACCCUAAGCAGUUCUCUGAAAAGUCUCAUGACUGCCAUUUCCAGAAUCAUUAUGCAUGAAGUAUACCCAUGGAACAUCUUGGAAUGAAAGUUGGAAGCUUUCCAUGUGCUCUCAUAUGAUUUUUUUUUUCUUUAAAUGGAUAACAGUGGUCCUAAAUAUUAAAGUCCUAACCUAUUAAGAAAUUUUGUGGUUACAUAUUUCCCAGAUCUUUCCAAUUUGAUUCCAACAUUUGCAAUUCUUAAUCUUCUUUGCAUGCGGGAUCACUUUGAUUUGUUUUCUCACUUGUGGCAUUUCUCAAGGUCAGACACAACCCAGAAAUGUCUGUUUGGGUUAAAAAAACAAAGGUAAUUAUUUUUUAAAAUGAGUUUCUUUUAUUCGCUAAAGAUCCUAGAGUCAUUAAUAGCAUUUCCCAACUUUCCAAACCCAGAUUUAUAAAUCCAACUGAUGAAAGCUACAUCGUUUGGAUCCAUGUUCAACAUCUUCUCGUCUUUGUGGAAACACACAUUUCUUUGUGGUUUACUGCAAACUGUGAACGACCUGGAUAUUUUUAAACUGUUAACAGUUUUACGACUGAGUUUUAAAUUGCUCGGAUUUCUCCUUGCUCACUUAAAUUCAGCUUAAUUCAGAGAAAUUAUUCUCUUAAUAACAAGAUCUACCAUUUUUUUUUUUUUAGAUUUUAGUUUCUAUAAUGCACGGAACAAUAAGCUGAUGUAAUUUUAUAAUAGCCAAUAAAUGAACAUUUUAAAAAGUAUAGAAGAAAUGGGGGAAAGAGCCUUCAACCAUGUAAUGAGUGUUGACAUUACAUAGUUUGUCCUCCAAAAGGCACUUUGAAACUUCCCUGUUGGCAACACCACAAACACAACAACCAGCUGAUCUGAGCCAAGUCAGACAGGGUGUAAAAGAGUAAUCCAUGACUUGCUGCAACAAUAAAACAAGAUUCAUUUUAAGCUGCAUUUUUUAUAUUACCUUAAGGGCUCAUAAAUAGCUAUGCAUAAAUGUUAGAGCAAUCUCUUUAUCAUCCACUAUAUCGGUUCUUUAAUAUCACAAAAUCCUCGGUAUCGGAGUUAAAAAUCCUGUAUCGGCCAGCGUCUAGUAAUUACACCUUUUUGUAUAUAAUCUUGCAAAAAAUCAUCCAUCAUAUUGCUUAUCACUUACUUAAAAUGAAACAAUGUGGAAGCUUACUUGAGAAAUAACUUGAGUAUUAUUCAGAACCGCUGGGAAAUUAAGCUUGUGUUUAUGCUCGGAGUUCAUUUUCAUGUCAAAUUAUAAUUGAGGUAAGAGAGGUGCAAUCAAUAUAACUGCAACAGAAGCUGAGCUGAACAAAUAGAGAGGGGAAGAUUUCACCCAGAUUGAGCCACUGAAACUUUGUGAAAGUAGCACAAACUAAAAAUGUACAUGCUAAUUUAAAAAAAUAAAAUAAAAAAAAAAGGGGGGGGGGGGAGUAUCCAGCUGAUGUCUCUACGCUCUAUGAUUUAACAGUUUAAAUGGGGCCUUAGUAGACACAGGGUUGCUGAAGGGUGAGAAAAGAUGGGAUGCAGACGGUGGGUGUGCAGAGGAAAGGAUGGUGUAGUCAAUAUUUACUCAGAGUAAUUGGUCUACACUUCCAGGUUCAUCCCUGCCUUAUCUCCUGUUCUCCCUCGCACACUCACUGUGUGACCACAGUUACACACACACACACACACACAUACACAGGGGAUUGUGCACAAUGCCCUGAGCAGUCCACAAAAUAAUGGUUAAAAGCAUAAGGGAUAAAUGCUCGACACAGUUGCUUCCAAUAAAACUGCCCAGGUCACCUUGGGAGUGUUGCAGCAACCCCAGAGUACCAUAGUGAAUUAUUAUUGCAUAGUGAAUUGUUAUUAUUUCGUUUCUCUUGUAGUGCCAUCUGUAAUGACCUGUAUAGCUACGCUUUCUGCGGUAAUGAGGUGGGUUUUUGUUCAUUACCUCAGUGGCGAACAAGUAUUGAGGCUUAUUACUGAAUUGACAGAAUGACAGGGGCAUUGGGAUAAGAGGUGUCGAGCUUGCCAAAAGAUGGACUCAUCACAAGCUUGUUGCAAGAAGUACUGCAAAAGGUUUGCUACUGGCAGUGUUACACUCGUGGGAAAAGACGAGCUGUCCAUCAACUGUUUCUUCUUCUUUUUUUUUUUUUCACUCUUAUUGGUCACUCCUCAAACACACCCACGCAGACACACAUACACAUAUAUGAGAGACAGUCCUUUUCCUGUCCUCUUGUGCUCCCAAAGCAGCUUUCCAAUUAACCCAGUGUAUCUCCGUCAGCUCUUUGAAGUCAUUUUAUAUGGUUCUCGCCUACACUUGUUCUGUGGGCCUCUGAAUGGACAUUUCUAGGUUGUCAACAAUCACGCUUCUUUGUGCGGUGUUUGGUCUGUGAAUACUCACAGCUCUGUAACAGGUUCGUAUUUAAUCGUCUCCCCAGUGUCGCCAAAUCCUCAUAGGGAAUUGUUUGCGUUCUUUUCUGUCAUAUUGAAAGACAUUUACUGAACAGUAUAAAACCUCCGAGAUGACCGUUGUUGUGAUUUGGCACGAUAUUUAAAAAGUCUGAUGAAAAAUAAGCUUCUGAAGCAGAGGUUAGUGUACUGGAACAAGCUUGAAUGGCCUUCCAUCACCUUCAAUUACAAUACAUAAUUACUUCAAGCAAGUUCAUUUUCAUGUGCUGCAGGCUGGCGUUCCCUGCAGCUGGUGCCACGAUGAAGAUAACAAUGCAGAAAGUAAUACCACCCCACAGUCCCUGAUGCACACUAUGCACAUUCUUUUUUCUGUCUCAUUCCUGUCAUGCUGCAGAUGCCAAAAAAGCUGCAGUCACAGCACUUCAGGAUCAGCUAAAGUUACUUUUUUCAAAGUAGAAAGUAAUUUCAAAUGGAACGUUUCAAACAGCUCAACAGACAUUACCAAACGCACGCACACAAGCUGUUUCUGUGCAGUUCGACACUCAGUGUGUCUUGCAGUCGAUGUGUUGAUGCAGUUGCUGUAGUUCAGUGGCAGAAGAAAGAAACAGCUCUGAGAAAUGUGUAAGAAAUAUACUAGGAUUGUGAGAGAUUAGGUAAGAACUGAAAGUCAAGAACUGCUCAGGAAUUGACAUUUAAUAAAAUGUGAUGUCCUCAUUCUUUUCAGAGUUAUCUAAAGCAGACAUUGUUCAUAACGUGUCACUGAAACUAUCUUCUUUAAUUUUGUGAAAUGACAAAAUGAUAAUUUUUUGUUUCAAAAGUUGUGUGACGGUACUGGACAGAUUAAUAUAUAGAGAUUCAAUUGGAUACUUUGUAUCCAUGUAUUGUGUUAAUCUCAUUAUAAUUGCUGUAGCAUAGCAUGUAGACACACUGUCUGCUACAAAUUUCUGUAUCUAUGUGAAUGGUAAGGUUGGGCGAUUGGACGAAUAUAUCGACUGUCGAUGAUAGGCUGAGCCUUUCGCCGAUCGUUUUUACAAGUCCGUGCAUGAUUACAUGAAACAUAGACACAAAAAUGGAUUUAUUAUCAUUUUGGUAGUCGACCAGUUUGCCAGGUUUUUCUAAUUAGUCGAUUAGUUAAUGAUUAUUUCAAUAAUUCUUAUCUCCUCUUCCUGUGGGCAAACCUCCUGUUCUAGGCUCCAGUACCUCACCUGUGCAAGUCUGCCCACCUGUGAAUAUCACCCUGUUUUUGAAAAGGGUUUACUAUUCAGAAUAAACACUAAUAUUAAUGUGAGAAGAAAAAACAAACAAACUAGGAGACGGUGUAGCUACUCCAGUUUAAUGGUUUACUAUCGCAUUUCACUCAUUAGCUAACAAAACUGAAAUUGUGUUCACUCGGCAAGCAUCAACCAUGAGAAGUUUCUGCCAGGUAAGCUAACAUAAACAAGGUAUCAGUGCGACACACAAACUAAUUCUCUAAAGCUGACCCACCCAGAGUUGACAUCACAGCUCCACAUUGUCGGUGUUAUAAAUGCGUGUGCACCACAGUAGUGCUUUCAUGGAAGGAAAGCACUGCUUUGCACAGUCUGCAUUCAACUUUGUCUGUUUUGCUUGAAAUGAUUUCACAUUUUUGAAAACUUCUGUUUCUAUUUACUUCUGUCCUCCUGUUUUGCCAUUCGCGCUAUGUUAUUCUUCGUUAAUAUUGGGUGUAGUCUAAAUAUGGAAUGAAGAAUUUCAAAAAGAGCUGCAGACCUGGCAAGAAACACCAUUAGGACAUAAUGGCCCAUGUUGGACUGGUGCCAUGCCCACUGUUAGGUCAGGGGUAGCAGUCAUUAAUUAAAAUUUAAGCUGAUGGUGCUCUUAAGGAUUACUUGCCAAUUCCCACCUUUAUCUAGCAUUUGGACAGCAGCCAUGAUAGCUCGUGUAACAUCUGCUUAUAUAAUAUAUGGCUAACUCUAUUUAACUCAACAAAUCAGAUCAGUCCUUUUGAGGUGAAUCACUUCCCCCACUGCAGUGCUACACCAGAACUUAAGGUUCCCUUACCUGCCAAAUCCCAUUUUGAUCCCUUUGCUAAAGAGUAUACUGUUGUCAGUGUGCACAUUGUGCCUUCAUUGUGAAGAAUUGGUCAGAUAAAACGAGUGAGAUGUAAUAUUUACAUUUUGAAAGUGACCUGAACAUAUUUUAGUCUUAUAAGUUAUAUUCGAAGCAUAGUUAAUUAGCAGAUGGCAUAAAUGCUGCAUCAGGUUUAUAAUAAGUUGAUUAUUGACGAUGGUUAUGUUAUAAAUAUUUUAAUCAGAUAGGCUUUAUCUUCUUAUCGGCUCUAAAAUGUAUAAGGAAAUUUUCCAAGGCAUGUAUUUAUUGACUGCAGCUCGAUCUGAUCUGUUAAUUUGUAAAAUAUCGUCUUCACCCUUUUUGUUUCCUGCAAGUUAACAUGGGCAAAUAAGCCAGCUGGUGUUGAUGAGGGUCAAAGGUUGGACAGUGUGUGAGUAGCUUUGUAUGUAAGCUGAUUGCAACUUGAAAUUGAAAGCGUCUCCUUGAAGCCGAGCUAUAAGUUAACACUAAUGUGCGACUGCUAUCUCUGCACCAUCUCUAUGCCUCACUGUGCUCUUGAAGUUAAGCUGGAUUUUUUUUUUCCACUUGAUACUGAAACAUCAUUGAAGCGACUCAAGAUAAGAGAAGAGAUGACUCAUUGUUCUUAUAUCAAACCAGCCUUAAUGUUUAUAUGUUGAAGUUGAGAGAAGUGGAAACACCACUCAGCUGAAGCUGCUAAGAGUAAGCCUGCUAUUUAUUUUGUUUUUUGGAAAGGUUGUUUGACAAAAAGAUAAUCACGGCGAUGUUUUUCAUUUCCAGUUUAGAUGAAUCAGCGUAAUAAAUAAUGAAAGAAAUAGAAAUCUGAAUGUUUUCCUGUCCUCAUAAGAUUCAGGAGCUUUUUCUUUUUUAUCACUCAGCUUUUUUUGUUUCAUAUUGCAUGAGACAAACGGAGGCGUUGCGUCAUGCAUUCAGAUCCAGAAGGGUUGUGCUGUCUCAUUUAAGAGACAAUCUAUACAUGGUUUCCAGUACCUGCUGCUGUUAAAAAAGCAGCAGUGGAAGGAUGAUGUAAGAACAGAUUAUUUCUGUGUGUCAGUUACUCAGCUGCACUCUGGAGGCUGGCUACAUGUGCUAAGUGAAUAUCAACGAGCUGUGGUAAAAAAUGUGGAGUUUGACUUAUGAAUUCACAAAAGUCAGAGGUUUUUAUUUGAAGUGGGGUGCAGUGGAUUUUGUGGUAAUGAAGAUUACUUCAUUGAGAAUGUGUCCCUGUAAUGGUUUAUUUGAGGAAAAUGAACAGUGUCACUGCUGGAGAAAGGGAAUUCAUUUAACUGGAUUAUUUUAAAGGACUGAACAAAUAGAAGCGGCAUCUGAACAUAAAUACAGAGCGAUAUCUAUGAUCUUUAUCCAUCCAAGCAUUUUAGAGGUUUUCAUAUUUGUCAUUACUAUUCUGCAUUUAACAUUUUUAUCCCUUUUCUCAUUUUCAGAUUUUGUUGAGAAGGACAUUUAGACAUCCAUCACUGUCUUUUGUUAUAAAUAUUUAAUGUCAAAUAAAAUAAAAUAAAAAAGCUGCAGGUACCUACAUAUAUUAAGUAUUGUGCUGAAUUCUUGAGCUUAAAAAAAGUCAAUAUUUGGUAUGACCAGCUGAGUUCUUUAGUACAGCCUGAACUAUUUUAGGCUCUUUUAAGCUUUGUUGUAAUUUCUUUAAGCAGUCAGUGGUUCUGUCGGCUCCUUGAAGGGCGUUCAAAGCUCUUCGUUGGAUGUUGGCUGCCUUUUGUUCAGUUCUGUUCAAGCUGAUCCCACACCGCUUUAAUAAUAUUGACGUCCAGGCUCCGGAGGAGGGCCAAGUUCAUGACUGAUAGUGUUCCAUUGUGUGUUUUUUCUAUCCAGGUAUGCUUUGACUGCACUGGCAGUGUGUUUGGGAUCGUGCUGAAAAAGGAAUCCGUUGCUUUCCAGAUUUCCAUGGUAUUACACAUGGUGUUGCACAGUGGAUCAAAAUCUAACUCCAUUCAUAACUCCGUCAAUUUUGACAAGAUCUCCAACUCAACUGUCUGAAAUGCAGCCCCAAACCAUGACAGAGCUCCUGUCGUGUUUUACAGAUGGCUCUAGACACUCACUGUUGUAGCUCUCUCCUGACUUCCUCCUGCUGACAAUUUGAACCAGAAAUGUCAAAUUUGGAUUCAUCACUCCAUCAGACCUGUUUCCACUUAUUUAAGUCAGGUUAUGGUGUAAUUUGGCAUACCUCAACCUUUUCUCCCUGUUUCCUUUCAUGUUCACGAUAGCCUCCCUUCCACUGAGACCAUCUCUAAUGAGGCUUCACUGAACAGCAGAUGGAUCAACUGAAAGAGAGCCAGCUGCUUCCAGGGAAUAACUUCACCACGGACUGCAACAUCCCUGGAAUCUUCAUGUGUGGCGAUGGCAAGUGUGUCCCAGGCGGGCGGCAGUGUAAUGGACUGCCCGACUGCUUUGACAAAAGUGACGAGAAAGGCUGUCCUAAGGUCAAGUCAAAGUGUUCUCCUACAUUCUUUGCCUGCGCUAACGGUGUCCACUGCAUCAUUGGACGCUUCCGCUGCAACGGCUUCAGUGAUUGUCCUGAUGGGAGUGACGAGGAAAACUGCACGGAGAACCCCUUGGUGUGCUCGGAGGCUCGCUUUAAGUGUCGAAAUGGCCGUUGUGUGGACCGCAGCUUCUUGUGUAAUGGACAGGACAACUGUCAGGACAACAGUGAUGAGGAGAUUUGCUUGACUACAGCAGAAGCUCCUGGCCAGGACUUUGUGACACUGGACUAUCGCCUGCGUUACUACCCUAGCAUCACCUACGCUGUCAUCGGCAGCACCGUCAUCUUUGUCCUUGUGGUAGCCUUGCUGGCUUUGGUUCUCCAUCACCAGAGAAAACGCAGCGUUCUGCUGCCCAGAGGCGUACGAGGAAGUUCACAUACCCACCACCAUCACCAGCCCCUGCUGCUGUCCCGUCUGGUCAUCUUGGACCGAGGACACUUACACACUGGAGGUCCGGCACUCUCCCCUGGCUCACCCACCACAACCGGUCAAUACAGCUCAACACCUCGAGCUCUGCAGCUACUGUCUGGGACCCUGUAUCCCUCAGCACCUUCCAUGGAUUCCCCUCCAUCAUACUCACAAGCUGUUCUAGAUGUCAGUCGACCUCCUUGGUUUGACCUCCCUCCGCCCCCUUACCUCCAAGAUGGAGAGCUUUCUUCAGAAGGCGAGCUUCCUCAAUAUGAGGCCCCACAGGACCCCGUGAGCCACCCCGCGGCUCAUCCCUGCACCCCCUCAACACCCAGAACUGUGGCCACAGGCACGCGGCCGAGCGAUUGCUCCGGAGAGGAGUCGGCCCAGCUGUAGCUGCUUUAGUGGAGACUGAUGGACCUUAAAGACUGCAGGACUCAAGGACCAGGCUGCAGGGCAGCAUGAUGCCAGGACAGUCCACAGCAAAGACCCGCUUGAGGUGAUUCAACAAGGACUGACAGGCUGAACAGUGACCUCAGCUUGUUGCUGACAUAUCACUGAAGAACAGCUCUCCCUGGUGGACUGAGCUUGUGUGUUGGCGCCCCCUGCUGGGAUCACAGCUGUACUAGUUUGGUUGAAUUCUCCCCCUGAAGAAUUACUGUGUAUAUUACCUACCAGUGACCACAAACUGUAUCUCUAAAGAAGUAGGAGCUAUUUCAUCAACAUAUUCAUUAACAUGUAAUGUUGUGUGUCAGUGGUGAUAUUUGUCUUUGUGCGUUACUUUUCUGCAGCACUUGGAGAGCGAAGUCAGAGUCGUGCAGCACUUUGCGACACUCCCCUCUCAAUUUUAGAUUUCGUGUCUACAAUGUCUGACUUUUAUUUUCGAUUCAACUGCAAAAUACUCUAAUAAUAGAUCAAAUCUAUCCUGCUGAGAAGAUUUCAGAGACUUAACAGAAUCCCAUGUAGCUGUGGCAAACGGGAGCGGCUCAGUGAGAGAGAGUUUUUAUCUGAUUGAAGUGCUGAUGUGAAACAUGAACUAAUAAUAUGGCUAGUGAUAAAUAUUAACAGUUGCAGAUUCUUUAAUAGGAUUUUAUUGAUAUUUGUUAAAGAUGAGUGGAGGUUGUUUCUUUCCUUUCAGUAUUUGUUUGUUCACUGUUUCUUGUCAUUUGGUUAAAUUCCAGCUGAAAAUGUGAAGAGGACCAGAGUUAGAAAUUAUAUAGAUUAUAUAAGUUAUAUAGUUAGAAGAGCAGAAGUUAUGUAAGUAUUAAGUUUCAUAAAUAAUUCCUCUAAGCAAAAGAACCACCCUGCUGGUAAUGCAUUUCUAUCUGAAGGCCUGUAAGUAUUUUAUGUAAACACAAAGAAAUAGAAAAUACAAAGAAUUGUGUUGAGGCCUUAUUUUAUGCUAGUGCCUUCUUUGUUUGUGGUAUUCAACAAUAAGCUGUCAGACAACCUUUUAAGAACACGCUGUCUUCCAAAAUGUAAUGAAUUUAUAUAACUUUGUGAUUCAGAAAAUUCAUCCUCAGUAGUAUUAGAAUCACAAAAUUCAUAUCCGAAUGCUCUUUUAUUCAUUUCAAAUGGUUUGUUCAACACUGUACACACACACACACACACACACACACACACACACACACACACAUGCAUACAUAUGUAUGUGUAAAAAAUAGAGAAAGUUAUCUAUUUUAAGUAGAAGGCUACUUGGAGUUUAAAAGUGGGAGAUGAAUGUGUAACAGUGAAAUUAAGUUUUUAGUUCUCGCCUAGAGGCAGCAGUGAUGAUGCAGGUACAAAAAUAAAAAACAAUCAAACCAAAGAUAGUCAUUAUAAAAACCUAUUUCCCUCCAAAGGAACAUUUAUUAUGCCUGUAACUUUAUUAUAUCAGAACAUGCAAAGGUUUAUUGGGUAAAGCAGAAUUCAUGUUAUUGCUGUAAAACUGGAAAAUGGUUCUCAGGACAGAUUGUACCAGUUAGACGAUUCAGUUUAUAUCUCAGUUUCUCUUUUUAUUUCUCAUUUGUUCUCAUACAUAUUUGUGAAGUGGUCCAUGAUGAUCUUUUUACCCUUUGUAUUCUGUACAUUGGAAAUGAUAUAAAUAUUUCUGACUCA